GGCAAGGGUUAACCAGCCCCAGCUUCCUUGCACGGAGGACGUCACAGAUGUUUGAGAAGGAGGGGAGGGGGCGAGCCGUGGUCUAUGGUGGUCUUUGUGAUGCAUCGGAGACGGAUCGCGGCAGCUGCACCAGCAACGCUGCCUUCCCUCGGUUGACACACAGAGAGAGGCUCCCCCCCCCCCGCCCCACAGCCGCCUGCCUUUCUCUCUCUCUCGGGGCGCAGAGGGCUCCUCUUCCCAGACACCAGCAGGAUCUGCAGAAGACUGGGGGCAAAGAUUCUCCCACCCUUCCCAACGGGCAGCCUCUCCUCUUCCAAGACCUGCGGGCUUGCCUCUUCCUCGGCGGAAAGGUUUCUCUUGGUUGAUGAGGGGUUUUAUGAACCCUACAGAUCUUCCCUUCUUCCCGUAGAGGCUGCUGAAGCAUCAGGAAUUAAGGUCAGCUGGUCAUGGGCAAUCUGAUAAAGGUAUUGGGCAAAGAUUUAGAAAACUGCCCUCAUUUCUUCCUGGAUUUUGAAAGUGUCACAUGGGGAACCUUCUUAAAGUGUUGACUUAUUACGAGCUUGACCAAGGCCCUAGUUUUUUCCUUGACUUUGAACAUGCACAACCCACAGAAGCUGAGACGGCUGUGUGGAACCAGGUGAACGCUGUCCUGGAAGAGGCCCAGACCAUCCUGGCGGAAUUGCAGUCUUACACGGGAGCCGGACAAGAAAUUAGAGAGGCAAUCCAAAACCCCAGUGACUUGGAGCUGCAAGAGAAAGCAUGGAAUGCCGUUUGUCCUCUCGUGGCAAAGCUGAAGCGGUUUUAUGAGUUCUCUCUUAGACUUGAGAAUGCAUUGCGGAGCCUGCUGGAAGCCCUCACGAGUCCGCCAUAUGCACCGACUCAGCACCUGGAGAGAGAACAGGCCCUGGCCAAGCAGUUUGCAGAAAUCUUACACUUCACUCUCAGUUUUGAUGAGCUCAAGAUGACCAACCCUGCCAUCCAGAAUGAUUUUAGCUACUACAGGAGAACCAUCAGUCGAAACCGAAUCAACAAUUUGCAGUUAGAUGCAGAGAGCGAAGUGAACAAUGAAAUGGCCAAUCGGAUGUCCCUGUUCUAUGCAGAAGCCACACCAAUGCUGAAAACUCUGAGCAAUGCCACAACAAAGUUUGUUUCAGAGAACAAAACUCUCCCCAUAGAGGACACGACUGACUGCCUAAGCACCAUGGCUUGCGUCUGCCGGGUGAUGCUGGAAACUCCGGAAUAUCGGAGCCGGUUCACCAACACGGAAACCCUCUUGUUCUGCAUGCGAGUGAUGGUGGGGGUCAUCAUUCUCUAUGACCAUGUCCAUCCUGUGGGGGCUUUUGCCAAGACCUCCAAAAUUGAUAUGAAAGGGUGCAUCAAGGUCUUGAAAGACCAGCCUUCCAACAGCACAGAGGGCCUCCUCAACGCACUGAGGUACACCACUCGGCACCUCAAUGACGACACCACGUCCAAGCAGAUCCGGGCCUUGCUGCAAUGAACGCCUCCUGGGGGUCAAGGGGAACCAUUCACCAGCGGCCCAGAAGAGAAUUACUCCAUGGAACCUUCAACUGAAGUUUUAAUGUUGACAUGUUGCUAUAAAUAUCCAUUGGCCACCAUAUUCUUCAUUUUGUAAAAAACAACAACAACCAAAACAAAAACAAGAGGGGGGAGGGGGAGAUUUUAAAUAUAUAUAAAUAAAAAUAUAUAUACAUAUAU